GACCGCAUUUUCCAUCUCUCAAACUCGACACACUGUUCUCUCUAUCUUGUUCUGCCCUUAUAUAUUCCUCUCCCUUUGUUAUUAUUAGAGCGCACAAAUUAUGUGCCUGUUUUGAUUUGAUUAGGAGGGAGGGAAAAGGGAGAGAAAAUUGGGGUUUCAUUAUUUCACGGUCCAAUAUUGAAUCCUUUGCAGGCACCCAAACAUGGCCGUCACUACUCACACUCUAAACGCCACAGAAAAAAAACACUGGUGGCUUACCAACCGAAAGAUUGUUGAAAAAUACAUCAAAGAUGCUCGUAGUCUUAUUGCGACUCAAGAACAGAGCGAGAUCGCUUCGGCUCUCAACCUUCUAGACGCGGCUCUAGCCAUUUCGCCGCGGCUGGACCAAGCUCUUGAGUUGAGAGCCCGGGCGCUACUCUAUUUGCGCCGAUUCAAAGAUGUAGCUGAUAUGCUUCAAGACUACAUUCCGAGCCUGAGAAUGGCGAGCGAUGAUUCUUCCUCUGUUUCUUCUGAUACCUCUUCUCAGCAGCUUUCGAGGGAGGGAGUGAAGCUUCUCUCGUCGGAUUCACCGGUUGGGGAUCAGAGUUUUAAGUGCUUCUCUGUGUCUGACCUGAAGAAGAAGGUGAUGGCAGGGCUGUGUAAAAGUUGCGCGAAGGAAGGGCAAUGGAGAUACUUGGUAUUGGGGGAAGCAUGUUGCCAUUUGGGCCUAAUGGAGGAUGCAAUGGUUCUUCUCCAAACUGGAAAACGACUUGCCAGUGCAGCGUUCAGGCGCGAGAGUGUGUGUUGGUCAGAAGACAGCUUUUGCAUCUCAAGCAUUCCCUUCGCCGGAGACCCCACAAACGCACCACCCACAACUCCACCGCGAACCCCUCUCACUGACUCAGAGAGCGUGACCCAACUCCUCAGCCACAUAAAAUUCCUUCUCCGUCGACGCGCCGCUGCACUCGCCGCCCUUGACGCCGGCCUCUACUCAGAGGCCAUCCGCCACUUCUCCAAAAUCGUCGACGGCCGCCGGAACGCCCCACAGAGCUUCCUGGCCGAAUGCUACAUGCACAGAGCCUCUGCACACCGUUCCGUGGGUCGAAUCGCCGAGUCGAUCGCGGAUUGUAACCGCACCCUCGCCCUGGACCCCACCUGCAUUCAAGCCCUCGACACAAGAGCUUCACUCUUCGAAACCAUUCGAUGCUUACCCGAUUCUCUCCACGACCUCGAACACCUGAAGCUACUCUACAAUUCAAUCCUUCGUGAUCGCAAGCUUCCUGGGCCUGCAUGGAAGCGCCACAACGUGCGCUAUAGAGAGAUUCCAGGGAAACUUUGUGCCCUCACCACCAAAAUUCAAGAACUAAAGCAAAGACUUGCCUCAGGGGAAACGGGUAACGUUGAUUACUAUGCUUUGAUUGGCGUGCGAAGAGGGUGUUCACGAUCAGAGUUGGAGAGAGCCCACGUAUUGCUUUGCUUGCGGCACAAGCCUGAUAAGGCCACGAAUUUCAUUGAACGGUGUGAGCUUGCGAAUGAACGCGAUGUUGAUUCGGUUAAGGAGAAAGCCAAGAUGUCAGCGUUGUUGCUGUUUAGAUUGGUUCAGAAGGGUUACACGAGUGUGAUGAGUACUAUAAUGGAUGAAGAAGCUGCAGAGAAGCAGAGGAAGAAGGCUGCUUUACAAGCGCUUCAAGUACACAAAGUUACUGAACAACCUGAGCUGAAUCCGAAUAAUAAACCAGAAGAUAAUAGUAGGAGCAGCGUAGAAAAUAAGGCUCUGAUAGCUUCUUCUACUGUGAAUCCGGCAGUGUUUCAGGGUGUUUUUUGCCGCGAUCUUGCGGUGGUUGGGAACUUGCUUUCUCAGGUGGGAUUUAAUCGACCCAUUCCGGUGAAGUAUGAAGCGUUGAGUUGUUGAUUCAAUUUCGUCAAAAAUGGAAAAAUUUGGUGGGGGGGCUGUUGGAGAUGUUGCCGGCAGAGGGAAUCUCUGGUUCGUUCACUUUAUUGUACAAAUUAUGCAAAGGAAAAAAAAUGUUUCGACUGCCGGAAAAUUUUGUCACCUUUUCCUUCUUUUUUUUAAUCUUUUAUUAGUUAUCCUUUUCAUCUAUCAGAUGUACAGCUUAUCAGUACUGAAGACUCUACUUUUCGAUUUUGGUUCUUCCUUGGACCUUCUUUAAUUUCGUAUUUAAGUAGUGAUACUGAUUUUGGAUGACGGUAAUCUUGUGCUUCUAAUGGACGUGGAAAAAAAAAAUUAUAUAUAGGUUUUGUUCCGUAAUGGGAAAUAAAGUGUUUACUGGGUGAUGUCGUAUCAAUAGCGUGGAACAGGAACUGGAGCUGAUUUCCUCAGGCUUUCUUUUUUCCUUCUUGUCUUUAUCUGCUCGAAUUACAUUUUUAACUGAUUAGUCUAUCACGAAAACUGACAUUCCAUUUACUUUUCUUCAUUUCUGUAUCUACCAGAAAAUUUGCUGUGUACAAGUUUUGGGUUUUUGUUUUGGCCAUUCUUCUUCGUGCCUCUGUUGGCGUGGUUUGUUUUAUGAAAAAACUCUUGCCUGGAUCAGAGAGAGAGAGAGAAAAAGGGGAGGGGGGGGGGUUGUAAAAUCACAGUUUGGAGAAUUGCUUCUUGGCUGUCCAUGUCAUAGAGCAUGACUUUGAGGAAUGUGAACGUGGUCAUAUUAUAGUGGUGGACAGUUUUGAAGUGAUCAGAGAAAAAGGGGUGUUAGUUUUUCUUUCCUCUUCCCUCAGGUAUACAUUCAACGAAAGAGAAGAGCAAGAGGGUCUAAUCUGCACUGCAUGCACUCAAUACGAGAAAACAAAGGGAUUAUAUUGAAAAUGUCAUCAACUUUCUUUUGCUUUUUUGCAAAUGUGUUCCGUACAUCCAAUAUUGGUUGAAUAAGUUGCUAUCUAUAUAAUAUGAAACAAGUGUUAGAAGUGGGAGAGUUAAAGGUAGAUAUUAGCUAGUCUGAGGAGGUUGAUGGUGUUGUUGCAUUGGUACGACUUGUCCUGCUAAAGAGCUUGUAUGUAAAAGAGAACAAAGCAAUUUUUGCAGUCUUUAGGUUCGCAGUUCGCACAUAAUUAAGAAGGGGGAUGGUUUGAAAUCAAUGAGGGUUUCAACCUUCCAAGUGUAAUAAUGGUAUAUGAUUUGAGGCGUGGCUUCUGAUUCAAGAAAAAGCCUGUGUAUUUCUGCUCUCACGUAAAAGAUGCAUUAUUGUGUUCCUACAGUGAUUCCCUGGCUGUCACUUUGGACAAAGUAUACAACUGUUGCCACGUAAAGGUUUGAAUGCACGGGCUGAUUUGCACUUG